AUGCUGGCACGGAGAGCGCUGCGCUGGGCGGCGCGGCGGGGCGGGCAGCGGCCGCCGGUGCGCGGCCUCCGCGUCUCUCCGCGGGCGCGGUCCGCCAUGCCCUCGUGGGUCAUCGACCGGUACGGCCGCAACGAGGUGCUGCGCUUCACCCGGGACAUGGUGUUCCCCGUCAUUCAGUACCCCAACGAGGUCAUUGUUAAGGUGCACGCCGCCAGCUUGAACCCCAUAGACCUUAGCAUGAGAAGUGGUUACGGUGCAACUGCAUUAAAUAUGAAGCGGGAUCCCCUGAAAAUCAAGAGCUUGGACACUGAAUUCCCACUAACGCUUGGUCGAGAUGUCUCAGGUGUUAUCAUGGAAUGCGGACUAAGUGUGUCUUAUUUCAAACCUGGAGAUGAGGUAUGGGGAGCAGUUCCUCCGUGGAAACAAGGCACUCUGUCAGAGUUUGUGGUAGCUAGUGCAAAUGAGGUAUCUUUUAAGCCAAAAUGUCUCAGUCACGUAGAAGCUGCCUCCUUACCGUACGUAGGUCUCACAGCGUGGUCUGCAAUUAACAAAGUUGGAGGACUGAACCAAAGUAAUUGCAGCGGGAAAAGAGUGUUAAUAUUAGGAGCUUCUGGAGGAGUUGGCACAUUUGCUGUACAGCUAGUGAAGGCCUGGGGUGCUCAUGUGACAGCAGUUUGUUCCCACGAUGCUAGUGCACUGAUGAAAAAGCUUGGAGCAGAUGAUGUGAUUGAUUACAAAUCUGGAAAUUUGGAGCAACAGCUUAAAGCCUUACCCUCAUUUGAUUUCAUCCUCGAUAAUGUCGGUGGAUCCACUGAGAAGUGGGCACUAGAUCUCCUGAAGAAAUGGUCGGGAGCAACAUACGUUACUUUAGUGACACCUUUCUUGAUCAACAUGGACAAACUUGGAGUUGCUGAUGGCAUGUUGCAAACAGGAGUCACGAUAGGCUCCAAAACCGUGAAGCAUCUCUUGAAAGGAGUCCAUUAUCGGUGGGCCUUCUUUAUGCCAAGUGGACCAAGCUUGGAUGAAAUUGCACAACUAGUUGACUCAGGAAAGGUUCAGCCAGUUAUUCAAGAAGUCUUCCCUUUUUCUGAAGUUCCAAAGGCCUUUCUGAAACUAGAAGAAGGACACGCACGUGGAAAAACAGUGAUUGAUGUCAUUAAUAAAAAAUAAAGCAACUC